AUGGUAGGCCUUAGAGCGCUUGAUGAGGAGAUAGGCAAGAAUGAGAUGGUUAUUGCCUUUGCGCCUAUUCGACUAAUUGCUGCGGGCGGAUUCUUGGCUGUGAUGAUGCUUCACAACCGGACAGCUACUGGUGACUUGGACUACCUGAUGGAGCCUGAAUGGUCGUCCGACGUUGAUAUCCAGAAGCCGUUUCAUGAUGCAAUCGUCAAAGUCAGCCGCGAUCUUGACUAUAACAUCGAAUGGGCCAAUGAAGACAUAGGCUUAUUUGUUACUAAGGACACGAGAAACUAUCUUUUUAGCAAGGCAGAGGAGCAGAAUAUUGUGUUAUUCAAAGGAAACUAUCUCGUUGUCUUAGCUGCGCCUAUAGAAUGGGCACUUGAACGGAAGAUCAGGAGGAUCUAUGCAGCAGACCGGGGGCGGAAGACCGAAUUUGACAUGAGCGACUGCCUCGCAAUGCUGGGAUACUUGCGAGAGCAACAGAAUGGGCCACUGAAUCGUGAGCAUAUCCGUACCCUAAACGUGAAUAACUUUGAUGUCUUGCCCGACAACAUGACCAUGGAGAUAAUAGCCAUAGCCUACCGAGAAAAGUUUGGCGAGGAGAUUUUCCAGAGCUAA